GCGAACAGUGUCGCCUAAGUUCAAAACACGGAAAGAUGUGAAGGAAUCGGACGAAUCAUGAAGUGCAAAAGGAACUUCCUAGCUGGUUUAGCUUUGUUUUAUCACAUAGUCAGUAACUAUAGUUUUAAAUACGCGCAAUGUGUGGACGCACCGUUUAUCCAUAUUCCGGGCAAUGGAGUUAUAUCCGGGACAUAUUUGAAAAUGUUUCGAACCCUGAAUGUUAAAGCUUAUCUGGGCAUUCGUUACGCACAUGCCAGGAGAUUUUCACCUCCGGAUAUCGAACUAACACCAUGGAAGGGGAUAUUCAACGCAACCUCAUUCGCUCCGGACUGUUGGCAAAAUCCAAUGCCUUCCGUGGCCAAAGAAACCGAACAAAUCCGUAAAAUAAUAGCUUCCGAAACGAGUUCCGAUGAUGGUGGCAGAAAAUACGAAGAGAACUGCUUGUAUCUUAAUGUUUUUGUACCUGAUGGCCUGCCUGGACCGAACGGAUAUGCUGUGGUUGUGUGGAUCCAUUCCGGAGACUUCUCCACUGGUAGUCCCACGGACGUGGUGCCCUUCCAGUUGGUGUUUAAGCAGAAAGUUAUAGUCGUUACCUUCUCGUAUCGCCUGAAUAUAUUCGGUUUCUUUACAACCGACGAUGGCGAGGCCCAGGGCAACUACGGUCUAAUGGAUCAAUCCGCCGCCCUGUAUUACGUGAAGAAAAACAUUAAUUAUUUUGGCGGGGACGCGAAUCGGAUUACCCUUAUGGGUCACGAUGCCGGAGCGAUAAGUGUGGCCCUCCACAUGACGUCGGGCGAGUGGUCGAAGGGCGGCUUCCACAAGGCCAUCAUUAUGUCCGGCAAUCCCCUGACCACCGUUAAAAUGCCGUACGAAUACGAGGGCUCCCUGGAUCAGGUUUCGAGCACUUUCGGUUGCCCCCGGAGACCAACUUCGCUGUUCAUGCAAUGCCUGAAGCGAGUGGAUGGAAAGCGACUCUCGGAGAACCUUCCCUCGGUCAGCUGGGGACCUGUUGUCGACUUCGGAUUGAGCAACUCCUCCUAUCCGUUCAUCGAAAACCAGCCCGAGACGCUCUUCAAGAGGGGAAGCUUUCACAAGGUGCCCGUCAUCAUCGGAGUCACGGACAUGGAGGAAGUGCUGACCCUCUUCAAGGACAAUCUGGACACGGAACUUAGCUCUUCCGAUCUGGAGGAGUUCUUCGGAGAUAUCGCUGUGACCGACAUGCACAAGCUGGUCCGGAAUAGCGAAUGGUGUUCCAACUACGAACUCAUUUCGGACGCCAUCAACUUCAUGUACGCCAAUGACUCGGAUACGGACGUGAAAAAGGCCAACAAGCAAAUCAUGAGCGCCCAUACGGAGAAGUUCUACAUCACCCCCAUGCAGAUGUUCACCGACAUGAUCAGCAAGGACAAUACGGUGUACAGUUACCUCUUCAAGACACGACCAAAGUCCGCGUUCCAGGAUCUUCCCAGCUGGGUGAGUGUGCCCAAGUACUUCGACCAGGUCUUCGUCUGGGGCAAUCCGUACAUGACAAAUGCCAUCGAUUGGAAGUCGAACGAUAAGAUGAUUGCGGAUAUAGUCAUGACUUUGUGGGCGAACUUUGCGAAAACCUCGAAUCCCACAAAUGCGAAUAUUUACAUAAAGUGGAACCCCAUAACCCCGAAUAAUAACUCCGUGCUUCUAAUAGACGAGAGCUUCAAUACGGACAACUUGCUGAACAACCCACGGGUUAACUUUUGGAAGUCGUUGUACCCGAAGAUUCUGUACUUCUCCGCCGAUUGUUGCAACUCCACCAACUCCGGCGGCUCCCUGACCAUGAUCGUAAAGUCCCUUCCAAUACUAUGUACUCUUCCCAUAAUCGUUAAUAUAUUUUAAAUACAAAAUACAAUCCCUGCAAAUAUACCGCUUAGAUCCUCUGUCAAUAAUCUGUCCUACCGUUGAAU